AUGAGAUGGAGGUGAAAGAGGAGCUGGCUAGCCUUCACAGAGUGGUAAAAAAGUAGAUUUUCUUUUCUCAUCUGUCUAAAAUUAGCUGAAGAGGAGAAAACUGCAGCUCGUGUGAUGCAUUUGGAGACAUUUAUCUCUGCUUCCGCUGUGGUUUAUUAACAGGAGCCCUGGGUGCGCCUCUUUGGAGGAAAAAAACGCAUCAGAAGUUAAACGCGGGUGUUCCGAGGGGUGUUUUACGCACAGUUGUUCUAGUUUCUACGCUUUACUCCAGCAUGCUGCAUUUUUCUGCACAUUCAUGUCAUCAUUAUUUCUGAGUCGCUGGAACAAAGCCUCUCCAGGUUUCUGUGAGAGCCGAGCGUCCACUCAUCUCCGAAGAGGACAGUGGCUGUUUGUUUGGCAUCGUUUCAGUUUCCUUUUUAUUUUUGGAAGUUGAACUGUUUAAGUUGCUCCCCAUUAAUCGCGUGAUCAAAUGUGUUUUUAGUCUUUAUUUGAAUCAUUGCAGCUGCAGGUGAAAUCGCCGGAUUCCUCCGUGGCUGUGCGCGCAUCGUGACCGAGGUUUGUUGAAAGAGAGAGAGAGAGAGAGAAGAGGUGGACAGUCUGGGAAGCACAAGUUCGCCAGAGGGCACCGAGAGGAGUUUACGCGCCCAAUGAGAGCCACGCUUCAGAACCAAGGACAGAUCCAAACAGCUGCACGGCAAACAUAUUCGCAGUGAGCAACAUCUGGGUUCCUCUGGUCUCCUGAAGCUCUCCGCGGGGUUGUGUGGAGUCCACGGAUUGUGCAGAUCGGUCUUCAGCAAGAGAUUAUCAGACAUGCUGCACUCUUUAAGAGAAGUCCUGAAAUUAAUCUGCCUUCAGCCUCUGUGAACCCAUCUCCUCUUCUGCCUGCUAAACCAGCUGACAACAUGCAGCAUGCAGUGUUCUGCACCGAGUUACGGGCCGGUUCUGCCCUUUACUGGCCUUUCCAGAUGUUCCUGAUGGAGAUGUUGAUGUCGGGAGUCCUGCCGAGCAUCUCCAGAUUACCACCUACAGCCAAGCGUGAGAUCAUCAUAGACGGGGAUUUGGUGAUCGGAGGCUUGUUCCCUGUGCACGAAAAAGGUGACGGUACAGAGGACUGUGGGAAGAUCAAUGAACAGAGAGGAAUCCAGAGACUGGAGGCCAUGUUGCUGGCGCUUGAUGAGAUUAACUCCAGUGACCGUAUUCUUCCUGGACUUCAGCUGGGCGCCCACAUUCUGGACACCUGCUCCAAGGACACUUACGCUCUGGAGCAGUCUCUAGAUUUUGUCAGGGCAUCCCUCACGAAGGUUCACGACCCAGGCUUCAUCUGCCCAGAUGGCUCCAGGCCCAUCCAGAAUGAGGUCCCACUGGCCAUCUCUGGAGUCAUCGGAGGGUCCUACAGUGAUGUGUCCAUCCAGGUGGCCAACCUACUGCGUUUGUUCCAAAUACCUCAGAUUAGUUAUGCCUCUACCAGUGCGAAGCUCAGUGACAAGACACGCUACGACUACUUCGCCCGGACGGUUCCUCCAGACUUCUACCAGGCCAAGGCCAUGGCUGAGAUCCUUCGUUACUUCAACUGGACCUAUGUGUCAACAGUAGCGUCCGAGGGGGACUACGGUGAGACUGGUAUUGACGCCUUCCAGCAGGAGGCCCGCACUCGCCAAAUCUGCAUCGCAACUUCUGCUAAGGUGAGCCGUACCAUGAACCGCCAGGGCUAUGAGAACGUUAUUCGUUCUCUGCAGCAGAAGUCCAACGCCAAGGUGGUGAUCCUGUUCACCCGCAGCGAGGACGCCCGGGAGCUGCUGGUGGCUGCUGCCAGGAUGAAUGUCAGUUUCACCUGGGUGGCUAGUGACGGAUGGGGGGCCCAGGAGAGUGUGGUGAGGGGCAGUGAGAGUGCAGCAGAUGGGGCUUUUACUAUUGAGCUUGCCUCCUACCCAAUCAGAGAGUUUGAAGACUACUUCACCAAGCUGAAUCCGUACACCAAUACCCGGAACCCAUGGUUCAAAGAAUUCUGGGAACACCGGUUUGACUGCAACCUUCAAGAGCCGGACUGCAGCGAGCGCAGCCUACGAGAUGGAACUUUUGAGCAGGAGUCUAAGAUCAUGUUUGUGGUGAACGCUGUCUAUGCCAUGGCUCAUGCUCUACACAACAUGAGGCAAGCAGUGUGCUCCAACACAUCCAAGGUCUGUGAUGCCAUGAAACCAGGCAACGGCAAACGAUUCUACAAGGAGUUUAUUCUGAAGACCAAGUUUGAAGCUCCUUUCAGACCUGCCGACACAGAGAGCAUGGUUCGCUUUGACUCUGUCGGAGACGGCAUCAGCCGCUACAACAUCUUUCAUUACCACAAAGAAGAUGGCAGGUUUACCUACAAGAAGGUCGGCUACUGGGACCAGAUCCUGACUCUAAACACCACCAUGGUGCCCUGGCGCGGCCUUGUACCUCCGACCUCCCAGUGUAGCGACCCCUGCAGGAAAAAUGAGAUAAAGAGCAUGCAGCCUGGAGAUGUGUGCUGCUGGAUCUGCAUCCCUUGUCAGCCCUACCAGUACUUGCAAGAUGAGUUCACCUGCGCUGACUGUAGCUUUGGUCAGUGGCCGCUGGCUAACCUGACUGGCUGCUAUGAUCUGCCUGAAGAGUACAUCCGUUGGGAGGAUGCUUGGGCGAUAGGACCUGUGACCAUCUCCUGUUUUGGUAUCCUAUGCACCCUGACUGUUGUGGGAGUGUUUUUUCAGCACAAUGAAACACCCGUGGUCAAAGCGAGUGGACGUGAACUUUCCUACAUUCUUUUGAUGGGAGUGCUAAUGUGCUAUAGCAUCACUUUCAUCUACAUUGCCAAACCUUCCACUGCUGUUUGCACGCUACGCAGACUGGGCCUGGGCACUUCCUUUGCAGUGUGUUACUCAGCUCUGCUCACCAAGACCAACCGCAUCGCUCGAAUCUUCAGCGGGGUAAAAGAUGGAGCACAGCGGCCACGCUUUAUCAGCCCAGCAUCCCAAGUGGCGAUAUGUGGAGCUCUAAUCUCCUGCCAGCUGCUGGUGGCUGUGAUCUGGUUGUUAGUGGAGGUGCCCGGGGUGCGGAAGGAGGUGAGCCCAGAGAGGAGAGAUGUGGUUACCCUCAAGUGCAACAGCAGGGACACCAGCAUGCUCAUGUCCCUCACCUACAACUGUGUCCUUAUCAUCCUCUGCACUGUUUACGCUUUCAAGACCAGAAAGUGUCCCGAAAACUUCAACGAGGCCAAGUUCAUUGGGUUUACAAUGUACACCACCUGCAUCAUCUGGCUCGCCUUCCAGCCCAUUUUCUAUGUCACAGCCAGUGACUACAGGGUUCAGACCACCACCAUGUGCAUCUCUGUCAGUCUGAGCGGUUCGGUGGUUCUCGGCUGCCUGUUUGCCCCUAAAAUCCACAUAAUCCUGUUCCAGCCUCAGAAAAAUGUGGCUACACUCAGAGUGACGGCUAAUCGUUUCAGCGCCACGGUUUCCACUUCUGCCUCUGCUCCCAGCUCCAGCUACUCCAAAGGAUCGGCCUCCAACUACGUGCCGGCGGUUUGUAACGGCCGUGAGGUGGUGGACUCUACAACCUCGUCUUUGUGAAUGAAAACGAAGAAAAGGUUCCUCUCUUAAGCACAAGAGACCAUCCAAUCAUCAGCCAUCCCUCCAUCAGAGAUCUCACAUGUUAAAGAGAGAUAACUGACAGGGUCGAGUGAGCUACAGCGGCAGGAGUAACUUACUCUGAAUGCUAAAUGACAUUCCCACAUCUGAUGGUAUGUAUCAACUGUAAAGCCUCAUUAUUUUGUAUAGAUUUUAAAAGCUGUGAUCUUGGUUGACAGAUAGAUGUGAUACUUGCACCGUGCCUUGUCCUAAAGAGUCUCAUUGUCAAAUGGGUGGUUGUGAAGCAAUAGUGUAAUACAAAAAGGAUGUUCUUAUCAUGUUAUAACAGUGCUGUGAAUAUAUCCAAAUGUUUUAGACAUUUUGUAAAAAAUAAAUGCUAUGAAAUAAACCUUAAAGUGUGUGACUAACUGUAGGGAAUGAUGAAACCUAGGCAACUAUAAAGGACAUGUGUUACUGUAGACUAUAGAUUAAAGGUGUGUGUUAUCUUGUAAUUUAUGUAAAUAAAAUGUUUUCUAAUUAAAAAGACUCGAUUAUGCGAAGUGCAAACCU